AUGGCGCCCAGUGAGAGGGGAUGGAAGAUGAUCAUUAUCGUCACGGUGCUGGUCGGUCUUGCCACAAUCGCUACCGUCCUACGCGUUUUCGCUAGGCUCAAGCGCCGGGUCACGAUUGAGAUGAAUGACUACCUCUGCUUUACGGCGCUGUUUCUCCUAUAUGGAUGCUCGUGCAGGUGUGCCAUCGGUGGUAACGGAACUCAUUUUUCAGAGCUCUCUCCUGAAACUCUCAUUAUAUUCGGCAAGAUCUUCAUCGCGAACCAAUUCACCUACUUUGCUCUCUGCCCCGUCCUCAAAAUCUCCAUCAUCUGCUUCUGCCGUUGCAUUUUCUCGGGCGCGACCUUCCACCGCAUCUCCGCCCUCAUAAACUGGCUCAUCGGCCUCUGGGCCGCCGCCAUCUUCCUCACCUGCGCGCUCCAGUGUCGGCCCCUCCGCGGCUACUGGGACAAGUCCGUCGACGCCGUGUGCAUCGAUGGCACCACGUACUUCAUCGUCAACCAGACCUUCAACGUCGACCCAGCCAACCGGCAACGCAUUGCAGCCCUCAAAUACAACGGCGCCCACCAGCGUAAGGGGCAGGGUAUCCGCAAAUUCGUUGCGUACCUCGAGGAAUUGGAGCGGGAAAUGGAGCCCUACACCGAGUCCCAGAGGACCACCCACCUCCUGACGAAGUUACACCCAGAAAUGAGGCAGCGCCUCCUUGAGGGUGGCUACGCCGAGCGUUCCACGACCCACAGGGAGGCUGUUGUCAAUAUCCUAGCCAUGCUGGAAAUGAACAACCGGUGGGUAACCGAGAAGAAUCCUUCUACGGAUAGGCCCAACACAAGGGAGAAUAAGGGAACCCUGCAGGGUGGCUUUCCAGCUCGGAAGGGCCACUUCAAUAGCCACAAGUCGGGCAAUCACCGGGAGCGAACGCCCUUCCAGGAUCGCCGUCGAUCGGACCAACAACCUGCGCGCAAGCCAGCCGACACCCAAGGCGCAAGGCCUACCCAAGUAGGGAACGCCUGUUACAACUGUGGCAGACCAGGCCACUUUGCAAAGGACUGCCGUAGCCAGCACACUGGGCCGGGAGUCCGGAAGCUGGAUACCCAACUCCUCAAGCGGGAGUGACUCCCUACCGAAGCC